GAAGUGGCGGUGGCGCCGGCGGCUGCAGCACAACCUCCGCGAUCGGGGCUUUGGCGGCGGCGGCAGCGCCGGGAUUCCGGCGCGCGGGCCGGCGCGUAAGAUGCCUGUGAUGGAGACGUGGCCAAGAAGCACCUCUGGGCCAGCAGCUUUGAAAGGAACCUCCGUGGUGCAGCGACUAUUUAAAGCCCUGGACAUUGCCUCCUGAGGCCCGCGGGGCAGCAGAACAUGGCCUCGAUCCUGGACGACGACGUGCCCCUCAUCCUGACCUUGGAUGAGGCUGGCGGCGCCCCGCUGGCUCCCUGCAAUGGCCCAGAGGAGCAGCCUCGCAGAAAUGGCGGCACCUGUGAUGGCCUCAACUCUGGGACCCCCAGCCUGAGCUCAGGGGGCGAGAGCUCCCCGUCAAGUCCCGUGGGACACAGCUGGGAGAUGAGUUACCAAGAGGCAGCCAUCUACCUCCAGGAGGGCGAGAACAACGACAAGUUCGUCACGCACCCCGACAAUGCCAAAGCGCUGGCGGCCUACCUCUUCGUGCACAACCACCUCUUCUACCUGAUGGAGCUCUCCACGGCGCUGCUGCUGCUGCUGCUCUCGCUGUGCGAGGCGCCCGCCGUGCCCGCCCUGCGCCUGGGCAUCUACGUCCACACCACCCUGGAGCUGCUGGCCCUGAUGGUGGUGGUGUUCGAGCUCUGCAUGAAGCUGCGCUGGUUGGGCCUCCACACCUUCAUCCGGCACAAGCGCACCAUGGUCAAGACCUCUGUGCUGGCCGUGCAGUUCCUCGAGGCUAUCGUAGUGCUGGUCCGACAGACAUCUCAUGUGCGGGUGACCCGGGCCCUGCGCUGCAUUUUCCUGGUGGACUGUCGGUACUGCGGUGGAGUGCGGCGAAACCUGCGGCAGAUCUUCCAGUCCCUGCCACCCUUCAUGGACAUCCUCCUGCUGCUCUGCUUCUUCAUGAUCAUCUUCGCCAUCCUCGGUUUCUACCUGUUCUCCUCCAACCCCUCAGACUUGUAUUUCAGCAGCCUGGAGAACAGCAUCGUCAGCCUCUUUGUCCUGCUGACCACGGCCAACUUCCCGGACGUGAUGAUGCCAUCCUACGCCCGCAACCCUUGGUCCUGCAUCUUCUUCAUCGUGUACCUGUCACUGGAGCUCUAUUUCAUCAUGAACCUGCUCCUGGCUGUGGUAUUCGACACGUUCAAUGACAUCGAGAAGCGCAAGUUCAAAUCUCUGCUGCUGCAUAAGCGCACGGCCAUCCAGCAUGCCUUCCGGCUGCUCGGCCGUCAGCAGAAGCUUGGCGGCAUCUCCUAUAGGCACUUUGAUGGGCUGAUGCGCUUCUACAAGCCCCGGAUGAGCGCCUGGGAGCGGUACCUGACGUUUAAGACCCUGGACCAGAGUAGCUCUUCCAUGCUCAGCUUGAAGGACUUUUACGAUAUCUAUGAAGUGGCUGCCUUGAAGUGGAAGGCCAAGAAAAAUCGAGAGCACUGGUUCGACGAGCUUCCGAGGACUGCCUUCCUCAUCUUUAAAGGUAUCAACAUCCUUGUGAAGUCCAAGGCCUUCCAGUACUUCAUGUACUUGGUGGUGGCGGUGAAUGGCGUGUGGAUCCUGGUGGAGGCCUUCAUGCUGAAAGGUGGACACUUUUUCUCUGAGCACGUGCCCUGGAGCUACCUUGUCUUCCUCACAAUCUACGGGGUGGAGCUGUUCCUCAAGGUUGCCGGCCUGGGCCCUGUGGAGUACCUGUCCUCGGGAUGGAACCUGUUUGACUUCUUCGUCACGGCCUUCGCCUUCCUGGGGCUGCUGACUCUGGCCUUCAACAUGGAGCCCUUUUACUUCAUCGUGAUCCUUCGUCCCCUCCAGCUGCUGAGGCUUUUCAAGCUGAAGAAGCGCUACCGCAAUGUGCUGGACACCAUGUUCGAGCUGCUGCCGCGCAUGGCCAGCCUAGGCCUCACCCUGCUCAUCUUUUAUUACUCCUUCGCCAUCGUGGGCAUGGAAUUCUUCUGUGGUAUCCUGUACCCCAACUGCUGCAACACGAGCACAGUGGCCAACGCCUACCGCCGACUGAACCACACGGUGGGGAAUGAGACGCAGGUGGAGGACGGAUUCUACUAUCUCAACAACUUCGACCACCUCCUCAACAGCUUCGUGACCCUGUUUGAGCUCACGGUUGUCAACAACUGGUAUAUCAUCAUGGAGGGUGUCACCUCUCAGACGUCCCACUGGAGUCGCCUCUACUUCAUGACCUUCUACAUCGUGACCAUGGUGGUGAUGACCAUCAUCGUUGCCUUCAUCCUCGAGGCCUUUGUCUUCCGGAUGAACUAUAGUCGCAAGAACAAGGACUCUGAAGUGGACGGCGGGAUCACCCUGGAGAAGGAGCUGUCCAAGGCCGAGCUGCUGGCCAUCCUGGAGCUGUACCGGACUCGGGGAGCCGCCUCAGACGUCUCUCGGCUGCUCAAGCUCCUCUCCCAGAUGGAGCGAUAUGAGCAAAACGCCCUGGUGUUUCUGGGACGGAGAUCCAGGACAAAAAGUGACCUGAGCCUCAAGAUGUACCAGGAAGAGAUCCAGGAGUGGUACGAGGAGCAUGCCCGCAAGCAGGAGGAGCAGCAGCGGCUGCUCGGCGGCCACCCCGCCAUCCAGCAGCCCCCCGGCCGGCCACGCUCACGCACCAUCACCUAAUGAAGAACCAGCGCCGGCUUGGACCGCUCUGCACCCCGUGCGCCCCAUCUCUGGAAUCCAGGGGGUCCAGUGGGCAACGUGUGCCCCCUCUCCGGGUAUCAGCCCAGGCCAUACCCGCCCGCCCCACUUUUGCAGGGGCCUUCCAGCUCUUGCUUCAGGGACACAACCACUGUGGAAGGGGAGAGGGCAGGUCCUUGGGCAGUUCCCGCUCAAGCGAUGCUGCAAACUGUGGCACAAACUGUGGCAGCCCAGGGGUGUCAGUCUGUGCCCAGCUGCUCUCAGGCCUCCUCACCAACACUUUCCUCUGAGCCCUCACUGCGACCCACAUUGGUGACGGGAGGGCUGGGCCACCUCACCUGGGUUCAGGGUGGUGGGUAUGGGCGCUCUAAGUGCCCCAAGCCUCUCACUAGUUGAGGUCGAGGGAACCCUUCGCUGAUUCUCAGCGUAGUGGUGGCAGAAAUGGGACCAGGGUGAA